AUGCCGGCGCAGCGAAACCUUCGAAUUGGCAACUGUAGUGGUGCGACUGGAGAUGCGCCUCAUGCGAUGGCUCGUAUGGUCCGAGAUGCCGACGUCGACGUGAUCACAGGCGACUGGCUGUCUGAGAUGAACAUAGCUUGGGAAUCAAUCAAGAAAGCAGAAGAUCCAGAGCUCGGCUAUGAUGUUGGAUUUCUCAGGCAACUCACAGAGUGUAUCGAUGAUGUUGCAGAGAAGAAAACCAAGAUCAUCACCAACGCUGGGGCAAUGAAUGCUCCUGUACUGGCUCGUAGAGUUGAGGAAUUGUGCCGGAGCCGCGGACACGACUUGGUAGUUGCGACCAUACUCGGAGAUGAUGUCAGCCACCUCCUGACUCGGGGCAAAUCUGGAGAACGAGUGCUUGACUUUCCCCACCUGGAUCAUCAGGAGCAGCUUCUGAAAGACUGGGACGCCGAGCUUGAGCCUACUUGCGCUGCCGCAUAUAUUGGAGCUUGGGGAAUCGUGGCAGCACUGAAAGAAGGCGCUGACAUAAUCAUUUGCGGUCGUGUCACAGACGCAUCACCCGUAAUUGGUGCCGCUGCCUGGUGGUAUGGUUGGUCGGAGACUAGCUACGAUCAGCUUGCUGGCGCAUUGAUAGCUGGCCACCUUAUCGAAUGUGGGCCCUACGCGACAGGAGCGAACUUCUCAGGCUUCAAGCAGUUUCUCCCCGAACUGGUGGAUCUGGCCUUUCCAAUGGCCGAAAUCACACUUUCUGGUACUUGUUAUAUCACCAAGCCUGAUUCCAUGAAUGGAGUGGUCAACAAGUUCAAUAUCACUUCGCAGCUUCUGUACGAGCUACAAGGCCAGAUGUAUCUCAAUCCAGACGUGGUCGCAGAUAUCGCCAGCAUCCGCAUAGAAGAGACAGUUCAGAAAGAUCGCGUCUUUGUAUCUGGCUGCAAGGGAUCGCCACCACCUCCGACCACAAAAGUCAUGAUUGCAGCACCAGGAGGCUGGCAAGCAGAGACGACUUAUUAUAUCAACGGGCUCGACGUGCAUGAAAAAGCACAAAUGAUGAAACAGCAGCUUCAAAACAUCUUCGGUGGCAGCCAGUUCUCCAAGUUCUCCGUGGAGCUAUACGGUACUCAAGCCGAGAACCCGACUUCACAACAAGCAGGUACAGUCAUGCUGCGAGUCUUUGCCCAAGCACGUAGGAGGGAAGACAUCACGGCGGAGAAAUUCAAAAUUCCGCUGUACUCGCUACGAAUGCAGAGCUAUCCUGGUUAUCACAUGAAUUUGGACUUCCGGACUAUGGAGCCGAAAAUGUUCUACGAAAUCUUCCCAGCAACGAUACCACAAGUGGCUAUCAACCACGAAGCUGUUGUUGCCAGUAAGACGAUCUCAAUUGCUCCACCCAGAAAAACGCAGUAUUACGCAAACAAGAGGCCUUCAUCUGAGACAGCGGAGCCUGUAGAUCUUGAAUAUUUUGGCCCCGCAGUGCGAAGACCGCUAGGGAGUAUCGUCCACGCACGCUCCGGAGACAAAGCAGACAAUUCAAACAUCGGCUUCUUCGUUCUUCACAAGGACGAGUAUGCCUGGCUGCAAUCUCUACUCACGGUCGACAGAUUAAAAGGGCUGCUGCAAGAUGACUACGCUGGACAUGCAGUCGAGCGAUGCGAAUUUCCAAACAUUCUCGCUAUUCAUUUGUGA